GACGGAAAAUAUAUAAAAUGGAAUAUUCAAAUUCUUAAGCUUGAUCGUUCUUUCUGCGGAUCAUAAUUGGUUGUUCGAAGGAUAACUUUUUAAUACUUGGAUGGGUGCACCUAAACAGAGGUGGACUCCAGACGAAGAAGCUGCUCUUAAAGCUGGGGUCCGUAAGCAUGGACCAGGCAAAUGGCGGACGAUCCUCAAGGACCCAGUGUUUAGCGGAGUGUUGUACUCGCGUUCAAAUGUAGAUCUAAAGGACAAGUGGAGGAACAUGAGUGUGAUGGCCAACGGUUGUGGUUCUAGAGAGAAAGCAAGGUUGGCUCUCAAAAGAAUGAAUCAAGCCCGUAAACAGGAUGAGAGGUCUUUAUCUGUCUCCACUGAGGCUAUAAGUGACGAGGAAAUGACUGAAGCAAGGCUAGCUACUACUUCUAGUGAUUCUCUACAGAUGCGUGGGUCAAAAAGAUCUAUCAUAAGAUUGGAUAAUCUUAUAAUGGAGGCUAUAAGCAACUUGAAGGAGCCGGGUGGUUCCAACAAGACUACUAUAGCAACAUACAUAGAGGAUCAAUAUUGGGCACCUACAAACUUUAAAAGGCUACUUUCAGCGAAACUGAAGUAUUUAACUGCAACUAGGAGACUUGUCAAGAUGAAGCGAAAGUAUAUAAUAGCACCAACACUGGUAUUAUCUGACAGAAGAAGAAUUCCUUCCGUUCCUCUCUUGGAAAGCAGCCAGAGGAUCUCCUCCCGGGUUGAUCCGGAUGAUAUAAACACACUUACUAAGGCUCAAGUAGAUUUUGAGUUAACUAAGAUGAGGAGUAUGACACCUCAAGAGGCAGCAGUAGCUGCUGCACGAGCUGUUGCAGAAGCAGAAGUAGCCAUAGCAGAAGCUGAGGAUGCUGCCAGAGAGGCUGAUGCUGCUGAAGCUGAUGCCGAAGCUGCACAAGCCUUUGCAGAAGCUGCAAUGAAAGCACUAGAAGGGAGAAGCAUCCCAAGGAUGAUGAUCCAUGCUUGAUGGGAUCUUCCAGAGUUGUGGCUUGAUACUAUAGCUUUGAUGGAUUUUUUCCAUUUUGUUAUUUUUCAAACCUUUAGCCAGCUACUUGCUGGCUUGUAAAUUUGGUAAAUAGUUGUGGAAAUGUAUACACUGUUUGUGAUAGUAAAGCCUUUCCGGUAAAUAGCAUAAAAGAUCAUGGGCACCCUCAAGAAAAACUAUAGAGUUUCAGACUUGUGAACUGUGCUCGUAGAAGGAAAUAAGGCUGAAUUCUACUUGUUGUAUUUCUAGUCCAAGAUCCUUAACAAGAUUUGAACUAAUGAAACAGAUUAUAAUAUGCAGGAAAA